CCAAAGAUCUCUCAGUCUUCCUGGUCAACGGAGCUGAUAAUCAUAGCGCUGCUCCGGGAGAAAUAUGUCACGCAAUACGCCACAGAAAUUACCACUUCGGCCCGAGAUUUGCCGACGGCUGGUUGAGCUGUAUUUAGAGCUAGCAAGACCCUGGAUGGACAGAUAGUGAGCACUUUUGUUCCUCAAUAUGGCCUCGAAGGUCCAUCUCGUCCGCCACGCAGAAUCGGUCCACAAUGUCACUCAUGACUUCUCUCAGUUGGAUCCUGAGUUGACCCCUCUUGGCCUUCAGCAAGCCACAAGGCUCGGCCAGCUAUUCCCCUACGCCCCCCAGGUGGGUGUCAUCAUCACCUCUCCACUCAAACGAGCUGUUCAAACCACCCUCACGGCUUUUUCGCAUAUCCUUGAUAAACGGUAUUUCGACCCCGGCUCUGGGUACGGAGUGGAGGAUGGCGCAGUCCUUUUCUUGGAACCGGAUUUGCAAGAGAGAAGUGCUCUUACCUGUGAUACGGGGUCCCCAACUAGGGUCCUGGAAGCGGCUUUUCCGAGGCUAGGUUUCCAGGAUUUGGCUGAGGGUUGGCAAGUGAAAGAGGACUUCUAUUCUCCCGCCGACGAAGCUGUGGAGGAGCGGGCACAGAAGAUGAGAUCUCGUAUUGCCGCAGUUUGUGAGGAUCUUCAACACCAAGGACGGACGGACGUUGUGGUUGUAACUCACGGGGUGUUCAUGAGAUUCUUAUUGGGAGACCCAGACAUUGAUCUGCCGAAAGCAGGCUGGAGGAGCUAUGCUGUUGGGAACCACAGCUCCGAUGUUGUUCUGUCGCCUCUCUAGUGACAGCUCGGUCUGCCUCACUGGUUACUUCCUGUGUGAGCUUGAUUGUGUGGAAGUGGCCCCCCUCAUUGUGGCUAGUUUCGUGGACGAGUUUUCUACUCCAACUCUCUUAGGAACAAUAGUUAACAAAGAAAUGAUGGCGCUGGAAGCAGCUCUGAUGAUCUUUAUAUAAAUAUAUCACUCUUCAUCUGGAUAGUCAUUUGAAU